UUUAUUGAAUUUUGUGUUGAAGACAGUAAAGAUGUUAAUGUAAGAUUUGAGAAAGCCAAACUUACAUUCACUUGUCUUGGAGGAAAUGAUAACUUCAAGCAUUUAAAUGAAAUUGAUCUUUAUACUUCUAUUGAUCCAAAUGAAUCCAAGCAUAAAAGAACAGACAGAUCUGUUUUAUGUUGUUUACGAAAAGGAGAAUCUGGCCAAUCAUGGCCACGGUUAACAAAAGAGAAAGCAAAGCUCAAUUGGCUCAGUGUGGACUUUAACAACUGGAAAGAUUGGGAAGAUGAUUCUGAUGAAGAUAUGUCCAAUUUUGAUCGCUUUUCUGAAAUGAUGAACAACAUGGGUGGUGAUGAAGAUGUAGAUUUGCCAGAAGUAGAUGGAGCAGAUGAUGAUUCACCAGAUAGUGAUGAUGAAAAAAUGCCAGACCUGGAAUAA